UUCGCGCGGGAGCUGGGCGAGGCGGCGCCGUGGCCCGAAGUGGCUGCGAACUGAAGCCGCUGCGGGGCGGGCGGGCGGGAUGGCGACUCCGAACCGGAGGACGUCGGCCCAGGCCUCGCAGGCCUCCAAGAGAGCUCACUCCCGAGACCCUGCGUCGGAGGGCCCGAGCAAGCGCAGGAACUCGGCCCCGUCUGCACCGCCGCCGUCGCUGCCGCAGCUGACCCCGGUGCCGGCGGCAGCCCCAGCCCAAGUCCUCCCGCCGCUGCAGGCGUCGGGGCCCUUCGUGGAAGGCGCGAUCGUCCGGAUAGCCAUGGAGAACUUCCUGACAUAUGAUAUCUGUGAAGUAUCUCCUGGGCCUCAUUUGAAUAUGAUUAUUGGAGCUAAUGGAACAGGGAAGUCCAGCAUUGUGUGUGCCAUUUGCCUUGGAUUAGCAGGCAAACCUGCUUUCAUGGGCCGGGCAGAUAAGGUUGGUUUUUUUGUGAAGAGAGGCUGUACCAAAGGCAUGGUUGAAAUUGAAUUGUACAGGACUUCUGGAAAUCUUGUAAUUACCCGUGAGAUCGAUGUCGCAAAAAAUCAGUCCUUUUGGUUCAUCAACAAAAAAUCUACAACCCAGAAAGUAGUAGAAGAGCAGGUUGCAGCUUUAAAUAUUCAAGUGGGCAAUCUUUGCCAAUUUCUACCUCAGGAUAAAGUUGGAGAAUUCGCUAAACUCACUAAAAUUGAACUUCUUGAAGCUACUGAGAAGUCAAUUGGUCCCCCGGAAAUGCACAGAUAUCACUGUGAACUGAAAAACUUCAGGGAGAAAGAAAAGCAACUAGAGACCUCAUGCAAAGAGAAAACCGAGUAUCUAGAGAAGAUGGUUCAGAGGAAUGAAAGAUACAAACAAGAUGUAGAGAGAUUCUAUGAACGUAAACGACAUUUAGAUUUGAUUGAGAUGCUUGAAGCAAAAAGACCGUGGGUGGAAUAUGAAAAUGUUCGUCAGGAAUAUGAAGAAGUAAAACUAGCUCGUGACCAAGUGAAGGAAGAGGUCAGAAAACUGAAAGAUGGGCAGAUUCCUAUUGUACGUCGUAUUGAAGAGAGUGAAAGGCAGCGCCACACUAUAGAGGCUCGAAUUAAAGAAAAGGCAUUGGAAAUUAAGGAGACAUCUCAAAAAUGUAAACAAAAACAAGAUGUAAUAGAAAGGAAAGAUAAACAUAUUGAGGAAAUUCAGCAAGCACUAACAGUAAAACAAAAUGAAGAGAAUGACCGACAGAGGAGGAUCAGUAAUACUCGUAAAAUGAUAGAGGACUUGCAGAAUGAACUAAAGAACACAGAAAACUGUGAAAAUCUUCAACCUCAGAUUGAUGACAUUACAAAUGAUCUGAGACGAAUUCAAGAAGAUAAGGCAGUAUGUGAAGGUGAAAUAAUUGACAAGCGACGAGAGAGGGAAACUCUAGAUAAAGAGAAAAAGAAUGUGAAUGAUCAUAUUGUACGUUUUGACAAUCUGAUGAAUCAAAAGGAAGAUAAGUUGAGACAGAGGUACCGUGACACAUAUGAUGCUGUUUUAUGGUUAAGAAACAAUAGAGACAAAUUUAAGCAAAGAGUCUUUGAGCCCAUCAUGCUCACGAUUAAUAUGAAAGAUAAUAAAAAUGCCAAAUACAUUGAAAACCAUAUUUCAUCAAAUGACUUGAGAGCCUUUGUAUUCGAAAGUCAAGAAGAUAUGGAGAUCUUCCUUAAAGAGGUUCGUGACACUAAAAAAUUAAGAGUAAAUGCAGUUAUUGCUCCUAAGAAUUCCUAUGCAGAUAAAGCACCUUCAAGACCUCUCAAUGAACUAAAACCAUAUGGAUUUUUCUCCUAUUUGCGUGAAUUAUUUGAUGCACCUGAUCCUGUCAUGAGUUUCCUUUGCUGCCAAUAUCAUAUUCAUGAAGUUCCUGUAGGAACUGAAAGAACCAGGGAGAGAAUUGAACGGGUGAUACAAGAAACCCGAUUAAAGCAAAUUUAUACUGCAGAAGAAAAGUAUGUAGUGAAAACUUCUUUUUAUUCAAACAAAGUUAUCUCCAGUAACACAUCCCUAAAAGUAGCCCAGUUCCUCACAGUUACUGUGGAUCUUGAACAGAGAAGACACUUAGAAGAACAGCUAAAGGAAAUUAAUAGAAAAUCGCAAGCAGUGGAAUCAGCACUGAGUGCCUUACGGGACACAAACAAACAACUUGAAUACAAAGACAAUGAGCUUAGACAAAAAAAGAAGGAACUUCUUGAGAGGAAAACCAAAAAAAGACAGUUGGAACAAAAGAUUAGUUCCAAACUGGGAAGUUUAAAGCUGAUGGAACAGGACACUUGCGAUCUUGAAGAGGAAGAACGAAAAGCAAGUACCAAAAUUAAGGAAAUAAAUGUUCAGAAAGCAAAGCUUGUUACUGAAUUAACACAACUGAUGAAGAUUUGUACUUCUUUGCAAAUACAAAAAGUUGAUUUGAUACUACAAAAUACUACAGUAAUCUCUGAGAAGAAUAAACUAGAAUCUGAUUAUAUGGCUGCAGCAUCACAACUACGUCUCCGAGAGCAACAUUUCAUUGAAUUGGAUGAAAAUAGACUGGCAUUAUUACAAAAGUGCAAAGAACUUAUGAAGAGAGCUAGGCAAGUAUGUAACCUGGGUGCAGAACAGACUGUUCCUCAAGAAUAUCAGACACAAGUACCCACCAUCCUAAAUGGACACAACUCCACACCCCCCAUGGCUUUUCAAGAUCUUCCAAACACAUUGGAUGAAAUUGAUGCUUUAUUAACUGAAGAAAGAUCAAGAGCAUCUUGCUUCACUGGACUGAAUCCUACAGUUGUUGAGGAAUACACAAAAAGAGAAGAAGAAAUAGAGCAGUUAACUGAGGAGCUCAAGAUAAAGAGGGUUGAACUAGAUCAAUAUAGAGAGAAUAUUUCACAGGUAAAAGAAAGAUGGCUUAAUCCUCUGAAAGAGCUGGUAGAAAAAAUUAAUGAAAAAUUCAGCAAUUUUUUUAGCUCCAUGCAGUGUGCUGGUGAAGUUGAUCUCCAUACAGAAAACGAGGAAGACUAUGAUAAAUACGGGAUUCGAAUUCGAGUCAAAUUCCGCAGUAGUACUCAGCUGCAUGAAUUAACUCCUCAUCAUCAAAGUGGAGGUGAAAGAAGUGUUUCUACCAUGUUAUAUCUGAUGGCACUUCAAGAACUUAAUAGAUGUCCAUUCAGAGUAGUUGAUGAAAUCAACCAGGGAAUGGACCCAAUCAAUGAACGGAGAGUUUUUGAAAUGGUAGUAAAUACUGCUUGUAAAGAAAACACAUCUCAGUACUUCUUUAUUACACCAAAGCUACUGCAAAAUCUUCCUUAUACUGAGAAGAUGACAGUAUUAUUUGUCUACAAUGGCCCUCACAUGCUGGAACCAAACAGAUGGAAUUUAAAGGCUUUCCAAAGGCGGCGACGCCGUAUUACAUUUACUCAGCCCUCUUAAAUAAAAGUACCUCAAGGGUGAGACUUUGGAAUUUUUCUGUUUUAUCCUGUUUAUAAGUAUAGCUCAGCUGAAUAAAUGGCGAUUGACUAAGAGUUAUUUUUGGAAACCUGCUGUUAAAUACCAAUGAGUUGUGAAUAGCGACCAUAAUAACUUCUUACUGUUGAUCAUCACUGAGUGCUAAAACUUUAUUUUCUUUGUUGAACUUGAGUCCUUAACAUUUGGGCCCUGAGUCCAUUGCUUCCCAUGAAAAAAAGUACUUGCGAUUUAAAAUCACAGGUACAAUCGAGAAGGGUUAUCAGUCACUAGUUUAGUUGACAUAACUCUCUUAAGCUUUAAUUGCCAUGUGUAACUUUGAUUAUACUUUUAGAAUCUAGAGAUGACUCUAGGUCUCAAAAGUUAGUUUUGUCCUAAUCUUAAUUUUAAGAAUUGAUACGGACGUGUAUAAUCUAAUGUAUAAAAUAAUCUCAGAUCUGUUCAUUGUUUUCCUAUUAAAAAAGAUGACUAUGUAUCUCCAGUAGGAAAUGGAAUUUUAUGGGCCUUCUGAAAAGUUAGGUGGAACUUGAUACUGUCAUUUUGUAUUAGUGUCUCAAAGGGGAAUAAAUAUGUGAUAUGUUCAAAAAUGGUAACAGAACUUUGUUAUGCCACAAGGUGGCUAUUAGAUGGUACAAAAUACAAACAACAAAUUGACAGAAUAAAAUCAAGUGAUAAGGGUUUUUAAAGAAUAACCCUGUAAA